UUGGAUUCGUAGUGGAAGGAUUUAGGUGAUUCUCAGUUUUUAGGGUUUUUACUUGCUUCUGGAGCUUCAAUGGCUACUUUUACCGUUCCACCUGUGCCUGUCUCUCCAAAUCAAGACGCCAUAGAACUCCACCGAGCUUUCAAAGGAUUUGGCUGCAACACUGGGGCAGUCAUUAAUGUUCUUGCUCAUCGUGAUGCAAUGCAACGUGCUCACAUCCAACACGAGUAUAGGACCAUGUACCAUGAUGAACUAAGUAAUCGUCUUGCUUCAGAGCUCAGUGGAAAUCUUGAGAAAGCAAUUCUCCUAUGGAUGCAUGAUCCUGCAGGACGAGAUGCAACUAUAUUGAGGAGCGCAUUAACUGGUGAUAAUAUUGAUUUGGGAGCUGCCACUGAAAUCAUUUGUUCUCGAACCUCCUCUCAGAUACAACUAAUUAAGAAUGCUUACCAUGCAAAAUUUCAUACUCACCUAGAGCAUGAUAUCGGUUUCCAAGCUUCUGGUGAUCAUAAAAAGUUGCUUCUGACAUACAUAGCGGGAUCACGUUACGAAGGCCCCGAGUUUGAUCAAGCCAUGGCAGAUAAGGAUGCCACAGAUCUUUACAAAGCUGGAGAAAGAAGACUGGGGACUGAUGAGAAAACCUUCAUAUGCAUUUUCAGCGAAAGAAGCAAGGCACAUCUACUAGCUGUUGCAUCAUCUUACCGUAGGAUGUAUGGGAAGAAACUCAAAAAGGCAGUAAAGAGCGAGACAUCGGGACUGUUUGAGUUUGGUCUUCUUACCAUUCUACAGUGUGCAGAGAAUCCUUUUAGGUACUUUGCAAAGGUCUUGCACGAAUCAAUGAAGGGGUUUGGGACUCGUGACACUACUCUCAUUCGUGUGGUUGUGACAAGAGCUGAGAUUGAUAUGCAAUACAUCAAGGCUGAAUAUCAAAAGAAAUACAAGAAGCAUUUGGAGGACGCCAUCCACUCAGAGACAUCAGGCCACUACCGCACCUUCCUCCUUGCCCUUGUGACUGGCAAAUUCUGAUAGCACCAUAUGAACAUGGGUCCCAAGCCCGAGUCAGCCACAGAAUCCACCGAGUCAGAGAUUACUCAGCCAAUUCCAUCAUUAAUCGACAACCCUGCCAGGGUGGGGAGUGGUUGGCCGUAGCCGCAUGGGACCUUGAGCUUGCUAGACUGAUUUUUGGACAUUAGCAUCAGAAAUCGCCAGGGUCUUGAUCGAGCUGACUUGAGCAGGUGACUGUUCAAUAUCAUCAUGGGUUCUCACUUUAUGUGAUUCCGCUUCACCACUUGGUAUAUUGAGGUUUAUUUUGCUACGUGAACUAACUGUUGAUUCAUUUACUGGAUUGGUUUAGUUAAAUUAUCAAAUUUUAGUGGCAUGUUGAUUUUUUA